CUCACAAGCUUCAGCCCUGCUUCGUUCUUCUCUCAUUUUAAAGCUUCUACUAGGAUACCUCAAGAGUUCCAUCUUCUCCAGAAAUGGCCACUAACGAACAGAACAAGCAGACUGUUCUAAGCACAUUACCGAAGGACCUACCCUUGGAUUUCCUGAGGACUAGCACGGAUCAGUUCUCAAAGGACCUUAUUAUUGGCACAGGUGCAUUUGGAACAGUUUACAGGGGAACUAUGCCAGAUGGGCAAACCAUUGCAGUGAAGAAGCUUGCAGAAAAUGCGCCACUAGCACGCGACAAAGCAUUUACCAAUGAGGUUCAGAAUAUCAUGGUUCUCCAACAUCAAAAUAUAGUCAAGUUGGUUGGCUACUGCCAUGAAGGACAAAAGAAAGUGGUACAGAAUAAUGGAAGAUAUAUUGUUGCAGAUGUUUUUGAAAGUUUGCUCUGCUAUGAAUAUCUAGAAAUGGGAAGCCUUCAGAAGAACCUGUUUGCUGAAGGAUCCAUAUGCUUGCCUUGGGAAACACGCUUCAAAAUAAUUAAAGGGAUCUGUGAUGGUCUACGCUUCCUUCAUAGUAUUCCUAUUAUCCAUAUGGAUUUGAAGCCAGAAAAUAUAUUGUUGGAUCAUACCAUGAUGCCCAAAAUUGCGGACUUUGGUCUUUCUAGGCUCUUUGGCCAAGAACAAACACGGGCAAACACACAAAAUGUCGUUGGAUCAUACGGAUACAUAGCACCAGAAUAUCUAUAUAGAGGUGAAAUCUCCACCCAAUCAGACAUAUACAGUUUAGGCCUACUAAUCAUCGAGACCACCACCUGCGAGAAAAAUCAACCAAAUCAUAACCAACCAUCAGCAAGGGAGUUCAUUGACAAAGUACGUGAAACUUGGACAGAUGGCUACAUAGCGUCCAUGUACUCACAGUGUCAUGGAAAUGAUCUCCAGGAAGUAAAAGUAUGCAUUGAAAUUGGUCUAGAGUGUGUGCAGAUUGAUCGAAAGAAGAGACCUUCCAUCCAAAAUAUUGUUGGGAGGCUCAACGGACGCAGUACAAACAGAAUGUGAAGCCAGGUAUGAAAAUUAACAGUGGGCUGGAUCAGAGGCUCUGUAUUGAGAAUUGAGAUCACUUAGUUUCAUGGAAUUGCAGAGGAGGAAGUUCUGAUAUUCAUUCAGUAGUUUAAGCACUUCUGAGAAAUCUAUCACUGAAAUUAAUUAUUAGCUGCCUAUUCAUUACUAAUGUUCAAAGGGCGAUACUCUGCAGAUUUUCAUGUAUACAUAUAUUUGGAAUCUAAAUAGUUAUUGUAAACCCUCCACAUUUCCUAUCCAUAGUUCAAAGCAUUUCGGAUUAAGGUGGAUUAUGAUAAUCCAUUUGUCUAACUAGCCAACAUACUUUAUUCAAAUUUUGCGGCUGCCUUUUUUUUUUUUUGCAAUACAAAGUAACAUGAAUUCAUCAUAAGGUCCACAACACAGCUUAGCAACCACGAACUUCAAGACAUAUCGAACUUUUUAUUGUGAAGUUACAUGAUGGCAUACCAGCUAUGUGCAUGGCAUACCCAGUUUACUGAAUUAAGUCCACCGGGCUUGCAAGUGAAUGUAUUUUUGUCUUAUUUGCAUCCCAGAAUUCUUGGAUUAUAAGAUUGUUCGCAACACAUAUCUGCAGAACCACACUUGCUAAACUGUCUGCCUUUGAAAAAAACACACCCAUAGUUUACUUGUUGUGUAGAUUUUUCAUCGUCGUUAUGUUUUAUUUUCUCUGUUAAUAUUUAGUUUAUGUUGCAUUUAAGCUUGUAUCGUAACAUAUACUCUACCAAAUUUCAGAUUUCCAUCAGUUCCAGGCGAACAUGAAACUGGGGGUCUUCUCUUCAGGAGAGAUGUGCACCAGGGAAUGAACAUGAUGUAUUAAUGCUAGAAUGAAUUUACUUCGAAAAUGAUGUGCUUUGAUGUCACAACACUGUGGAACUACUUAAAUCCCAUUUCUUAUUGUAAUUGCAACUCCCCGUAUCUAUGCUCUGUUGUCGGAUAUUUUGGACUCCAAAUACAGUGUCGUUCCUCCAGGAGCCAAUCCUCUUCAACCAAGAUUCGUUUUAUGAAGUUGGUGGUACUAAUGAUUUCUCAGAAAUGACACUCUGUCUUUGUUUAGUGAAAUUUUGGUGCACUAUAUUUUUUGAAUUUU